AAGAUGUGAUGCAUCCAAUUCCUCCAAAAUGUUUUUAGGGGGAAAAUAUAGUAGUAUUAAGAAAUAUGGUCUGGUAGAACAAAUCCACCUUAAUUAAAUUAUUGAUGGAAGGAGGUUUUGCCUAACCUUUGGAAGCUGUUUGUAAGUAGUACAUCUCAUUCGUCCAUGCAAAACAAAACCCCUCCACUUGAUUGCGUGUCGCCAAUUUUUACCAUAACAACAUUGAAGACGAGUCCUUAAAUUCCAGCGUCAAUCUGCAGUGCAAUAAAUUCCAAUAUCAACGAUCUCCCGCACUCUGUUAUGCAAUCACUGUUUACAUAAACUAAUCUCCCUUCCUGAGCGGCCAUGGACGGCGGAGAGCAGCCGCUUCUGGAGAAGCGGCGGGGGAACUUCGUGGAGGAGUUCGGCGCCGAGUCCAAGACGCUGUGGAGGAUUUCUGGGCCCGCGAUCUUCACCUACAUCUGUCAGUACUCGCUCGGCGCCCUCACGCAGACGUUUACCGGUCAGGUCGGUGAGCUCGAGCUCGCCGCCGUCUCCGUCGAGAACUCCGUCAUCGCAGGUCUCGUUUUUGGCGUCAUGUUGGGAAUGGGAAGCGCUCUAGAAACAUUGUGUGGGCAAGCAUUUGGUGCAGGGCAGAUCAGGAUGCUUGGGGUAUAUAUGCAAAGAUCAUGGGUGAUCUUGCUUGUCACGUCGGUCUUGUUGCUUCCGAUCUACAUCUUUGCUCCUCCGAUCCUCACAUUCUUCGGGGAGUCUGAUGAGAUUUCUCGAGCUGCAGGUAGGUUUGCGAUUUUGAUGAUACCACAGAUGUUUGCAUAUGCUGUGAAUUUCCCUAUACAGAAGUUCUUGCAAUCUCAGAGGAAGCUCAUGGUGAUGGCGUGGAUCUCCCUCUUCGUGUUGAUCCUGCACACCUUCUUCAGCUGGUAUCUGAUCUUGUACCUCGGUUGGGGGCUCGUUGGAGCUGCAAUCACUCUCAACAUCUCGUGGUGGCUCAUUGUCAUCUUGCAAUUGGUAUACAUCUUCUACACCAAGUCUGAUGGCGCGUGGAGUGGAUUCUCCUGGCUGGCCUUUCGCGACUUGUAUGACUUUGUCAAGCUCUCCUUGGCCUCUGCUAUCAUGUUGUGCUUGGAGUUCUGGUAUUUGAUGGUAUUGAUAGUCAUAGCAGGGCAUUUGGAUAACCCUGUCAUACCCGUGGACGCCCUUUCUAUCUGCAUGAAUAUCAAUGGAUGGGAUGCAAUGAUCUCAAUUGGAUUCAAUGCUGCCAUAAGCGUGAGAGUCUCCAACGAGCUCGGGGCAGGCAAUGCAAGAGCUGCAAAGUUGUCAGUGGUGGUGGUUUCCAUCACAACCAUUGUGAUUGGGGUGGUUUGCAUGGGUGUUGUGUUAGCCACAAGGGAUGUGUUCCCAUACCUCUUUACCAACAGUGAAGCCGUAGCGCGGGAGACUACGAGACUAUCAACGCUGCUGGCGCUCACUGUCCUGCUCAACGGCCUUCAGCCCGUUUUGUCCGGGGUUGCUGUGGGAGCUGGAUGGCAAUCUGUUGUGGCAUACAUCAACAUUGGGUGUUAUUACAUUGUGGGACUACCUCUUGGGAUAAUCUUAGGCUUCGUAUUCGCCUUUGGCUCCGUCGGAAUUUGGGGCGGGAUGAUUGGAGGAAUUUGUAUGCAGACCCUUAUCUUGAUAGGCAUCACAGCCACUAGAAAUUGGGACAAAGAGGCCAAUGAAGCUAAGAGCCGUGUAAAAAAGUGGGGUGGAAAUAUUGCCAACCACUGAUGCAUGUGAGGGGACAUAAUUAGAGAGACGCUACGUCUGUCUUUCUUGUGAUCACAAAUAAAUGUGAUGAAUUUUUCACAUUAUAUAUCGUUGAUGGAAGAGAACAGGCUUUAUUAUUCGCGAGAAAUUAUGUGUAUUCUACUAAUUAAAUUUAAUGAGAAUUUAUUAAUUUUAAUUAA